CUCUUGUUUGGAAUCUCACAAACACGCGGAACACAUCCAAACGCCCUUUUUUAGCCUGCUACUUUCGUGCGUUCAAGUAAACGGGAACCACGAAAUCCAGCCCGCUUUCCAGCCGCGUCUUUUGCCCGGAAACUGCCGCGUUUUCCUCGUCUUCAUUCUGCAUUCUCCGCCAGGACUGAGGGUGUGCCAUCUGCUUCUUUUCUUGGUGCCUAAACACUUCUAGAUCGGGAUUCAGACACUCCGUUGAAAUCUCCGUUGAAUCUUCCAUUGCCUGUUUCGGUGCAUUGUGACUGCUACCACUGCACAAAACAAUCCUCCGGCCACACUCGAGUCAUCUUUCUUUUCUGUGAAUUGACCUGUCCCCCUUCGAAUUCUGAGGGCGUCACACUCGAUAUCAAACAGCUCCGCUCCGUUCUUUUUUUUCUCAUGGGCCUGUUUGCAUCGUUUUUUUGCUGCGGCGCGGACACGUCCAGUGAUUCCGAAGAUAAACAUCACAAGCCGUCGUCUGCCCGUAGCUCUCCGGCCAGCAGAACGGGCGGCAAACAUCAGAACACCAAAAUGACACAAAAGACGGCGGUUUCUGAAGCGGCUCACAAGAGUGCUGCAAAAGUGGUGUCCCCGGGCGCCGCAAAAGUAGUGCCUGACGACGACAACUCCGUCAACGAGAGCGACACGCUUUCUGUGCCCAACGACGAGCCCAGCAAGCUAAAUCCCGCCAAGCCGCAAAACGCCGCAGCUGCAGAAACGCCCGCCGAGCCCACAAAUCCGGUGCAUUCCGACAUCGUGGCCAGCGUGCCUGAAAACCCGGCCGACGCCGAGCCCGCGGCCGAAGCAGCUCUUCAUAACCAUGAGGCCCCGGCGUUUGACUUGUCGGCCAUACAGGAGAACCAGGCGUUCAACCCAGAAACAGGCUUUCUCUUGGGUAAGAAGGACACCAAGCGGUUCGGCAACAAGAAAUGCCUAGUUCUUGAUUUGGACGAGACGCUUGUGCACUCGUCGUUCAAGUACUUGCGCACGGCAGACUUUGUAAUUCCCGUGGAGAUUGAAGACCAGGUGCACCAUGUGUACGUGAUCAAAAGGCCCGGCGUGGACGAGUUCCUAAGGAAAGUGGGGCAAUGGUAUGAGGUGGUGGUGUUUACUGCUUCUGUGGCCAAGUACGGCGACCCGCUCUUGAACAAAUUGGACAUCCACCACGCCGUGCACCAGCGCUUGUUCCGGGAUUCAUGUUUCAGCUACCAGGGCAAUUUCAUCAAAAACUUGUCGCAGCUCGGGCGCCCGUUGGAGGACCUGAUCAUCAUUGAUAACUCCCCGGCGCUGUACAUCUUUCACCCACAGCACUCUGUGCCAAUUUCCAGUUGGUUUAGUGACACGCACGACAACGAGUUACUUGACUUGUUACCGCUUUUGGAGGACUUGUCGCGGCCCAAUGUGGACGAUGUGAGCUUGGUGUUGGACAUAACCAUAUAAUCGCAGAUAAGUGCAUAAGCGGGACUUAUGUGGUGGAUGCAGCCGCGGCGGGUGGGCCGGGCGCCUCUUAAAAUUUAUACAUGUACAACACGUCUUUCUAUAGAAUAAUUAAUUGCCC